ACUGGCUGUUCUUCGAAUUGUCAAUAGCUUACCAUUUAAUUUUUCUGACACGUCAACUUUCAUUAGGUUUAUUCCUUCAGUAGAACUGAGUAGAACAAGUAGUGACAGAAUCGCCAGCUGCUUGUGGACACCUGAGAUUACCUGAAAUUUACGAUAAUGCCGGAGGUGCCGUCGCCUUUCGUGUAUUGGGCCCAGACUGAGAGCCAGGUUACACUUAAGGUCGAUUUAACUGAUGUCAAGAACCCUGGCGUUGACUUGCACGAAAAGAAAUUAAAAUUCGUAGCCAAUGGGCAAGGUGCUAGAGGCCCUGACAGCUAUGCUUUCACCUUGGAUUUUCAUUCGGGAAUUGAUCCUGAGGAAAGCAAUUUUAAAGUAAUUGAUCGACAAGUUGACUUUAUUCUGCGUAAAAAAUCAAGUGGCUGGUGGCCUCGGCUAACUAGUCAACCUCAAAAACCAGCUUGGCUGAAAAUUGAUUUCGAUAAGUGGAAGAGUCAGGAUGCCGAUGGCGACGAAGAUGAAGGAACAGGGAUCGAUGGAGAGGGAAAACGAGAUAUUACUAAGGAUUACCCAAACAUGUAUGAUAAACUUUACAAAGAAGAAUGUGGAUAUAGGCAAGAAGACUUGAAGAAAGUUUACCUAGUUUUUUACAAUUUAUGUCAAUUUGUUGGAUUCGCUUACAUAUUAAUGAUAAUGGCAGUAAGAUACUCACGGGAUGGGCCAGACUCUAUGCCAACUACGUAUGAAUCGGUAGGGACAGCGAUGAAAUUUGUACAAUUACUACAAUUUCUGGAAGUAAUGCACCCUCUAUUUGGAUACACAAAGGGAGGAUUUAUGACGCCAUUACUACAAGUUGGAGCUAGAGCAAUUAUAUUGUUCUGCAUGAUAGAAUCAGAACCUCGAAUGCAAACAAAACCAGUUGUAUUUUACUUAUUUGUAGUAUGGAGCUCCGUUGAAAUAGUUAGAUAUCCGUACUAUUUGACACAACUGUUUAAAACAGAGUUCAGUUUUCUGACGUGGCUACGAUACACAAUAUGGAUGCCGCUCUAUCCCCUUGGUUUCCUCUGCGAAGGUAUAAUAAUACUGAGGAACAUUCCAUAUUUUGAAGAGACUAACCGGUUCACAGUUGCCAUGCCCAACGAAUGGAAUUUUGCAUUUCAUUUUCCUUCGGCAAUGAGAAUAUAUCUAUUGUUACUCUGCUUGCCAGGUAUGUACAUAAUGAUGUCGCAUAUGAAUCGUGUCAGAUAUCAAAAAUUGUCAAAGACUAACAUAAAAAGAAAGUACAAUUAGUUAUUGCUUAAUUGGGCAUAUAAAUACAUAAAUACAAUUGGAUUGAGCAUGGACUAAGUAGCAUUGUGUUAUGUCUUUUUACAAAUAAUUCUUAGAGUAAGCUUAAAGAUGGUGUUUUGUGCAACACGCUAACAAUGAAGUACCUACGGGAGUAUUGUUGGAGAAAUUUGAACAAAUAAAAUAGAUUUCUUCCUUCUUAUUCCCCAUUACGAGACGGCACUUUUACCAUGUAAUAAUUAUAUUCAUAUUGGUAUAACCAAUGUAAAUACUCAUCAAAUGUCAAUGAUGUACAUAAUGAAUGAAAGUAUCAAGUGUUGAAAUUUAUACAGCGCAUAUGCUGUGAAUUUGUAUUCUAUUAAUGUCAUUAAAAUUCUAGUUUUAUUAUU